AUGUUUUUUGUAGGUUGCAAUGAUUGUGGCGAUGUUGCUCAUUUUAUGCUGGGUAUUGCUAUUGUGACACAAUCGAUGAGGUUGGUUGGAUUUUGGGGUUACUGUAAAUCAAAAUUAGUUCCGCUCCAAAUUUUCAGCUCAAUAUUUUUUCCAGAGAAUCCUUCAAAAUUGUCAAUUUAGUCGAAUUCACCAACAUGAAAUACAACAUCUCAAACUAUAUCACAACCUUAAAUUAUGCAAUUUAUCAGCCAUUUUUAGUCGCUAUAAUUUGCCUGAUUUUUGCCUUUUUCCCAGUCUUCCUCUUAAUUUUUCUAACAAUUUUGAUGGCUCUCAUCGAAGUUGUUCUGUUUAUAUUAACUUGGCUGAAAAUUGCAAGAACUCGCGAAAUUUUGGAGAAAAUGUUUGAGGAUAUCAAGAUUUUUGAGCAGAAAGAACAUCUCAAAUUGAAACCUGAAUUCAAGGAACUCUUGCGGGAACUGGAGACGAUUUUAUUGUGGAAUUUAAUUUUGAUUGGAAUUUCCAUUGUGGUUGCGAUCCUCACGAUGGUCUUGAAUGGAAUUAUUGGAUUGUAAGUUCUCUUUUAAUUUUUUCUCGCGCAAAAUUCAAACGUUUCAGCAUUUAUCGACCUUCUCGACGGCGUUCUGAUGAAAAUUUGGAUGUUGAGACGAAUACCACGUCUGAAAAAUCUGGAAAAUCCACUUCGCGAAAAUCUACAUCGAAAUCGAAUGAAUCGACUUCGAGAAAAUCGACUUCAAAAAAAUCCGAAAAUUCAAAAGGUUAA